UUGUUUGAUGCUGAAAUGUUAGAUUGUUGAGAAGAAAGUAUGUGAGAUUUUUCACAAGCCCAUGAUAGUGAUCUAGUGUGUGAACGCUACCCAUUGGGUAUCUAAUUUCAAAAUAUCUUGAACAAACAAGAGAAACAUUUUCAAAUGAAUGAAUGGCCCAAAAUAGAUCCAAAUGUUUAACAUUUGAGUCAAUGUGGGCUGCUUUAACUUCGAGUAAUAGAAAGUUCAACUAUGCAGCUCUUUAAGAAAAGUAUGAAAAGAGGCAAUGACUUAAUGGUGUUCCUGGCAUCUAAAAUCUUCAUUCUCAGCAUUGAACAAGUUAUGGGACGUGUUCGAAAUACAAGCAUGUCAGUUCUUCUAGUCUUGCUAUAUUGCAUUUGUUUUGAAUCUGGUUCUGCCACAGACACCAUCACAUCUUCUGAACCCAUCAAAGACCCUGGCUAUAUAAUCUCCAAUGGGGGUGCUUUCAAACUGGGAUUCUUCAGCCCAGAAAAAUCUACCAAUCGAUACGUCGGAAUAUGGUAUAAUAACAUCUCUGGAUGCACAGUUGUAUGGGUAGCUAACAGACAGAAACCUCUUGGCGAUUCUAAUGGGGUUCUUACCAUAUCUGAAGACGGAGUUCUUGAGGUACUAAAUGGAGAGAAGGAGGUAAUUUGGUCAGCGAAUGUUGCAAACUCUGUUCCCAAUUCAAGAGCCCAGCUUUUGGAUUCAGGGAACCUGGUCUUGCAAGAAAACACUACAGGGACAAUAUGGGAGAGUUUCCAAUAUCCUUCUGAUACAGUCUUGCCAACGAUGAAGCUUAGUGCUAAUGUAAGAACAGGUAAGAAAGUGCAGAUUACAUCUUGGAAAAGCCCUUCUGAUCCAUCCAUUGGAAUCUUCUCGUGUGGUAUUCAACCUCCUAGACUUCCUCAAGUAUUCAUUUGGAAAGACGGUAGUCCAUAUUGGCGCAGUGGUCCAUGGAACAGUCGGAUCUUCAUUGGAAUACCGGAUAUGGAUUCUGUAUAUCUUAAUGGUUUCAAUUUUGUAGAUGGUCAAGAUGGAAAUUUUUAUCUAACUUAUGCUUAUGAAGACAAGUCUUUGUCCUAUUUUGCCUUGAAUUCACAAGGGAAUCUAGUGCUCAAAUAUAUGUCUAAUGAUUUUAAGGAUGUCGUGUGGUUAGCUUUGCACACUGAUUGUGAUGUUUAUGGCAAGUGUGGGGCAUUCGGAACCUGUGAUCCACAGAAUACACCAAUUUGUAGCUGCUUCCAGGGGUUCGAGCCAAAUAAUUUAGAAGAAUGGAAUCAAGGCAAUUGGACUAGUGGAUGUGUUAGGAGGGCACUGUUGCAGUGUGAGAGGGUGAACACUGGUGGUGAAGAAGGCAAAAAAGAUGGGUUUUUUAAAUUGAAGAUGAUGAAAGUGCCAGACAUUGCAGUUUGGUCAAGUGCUUCUGAAAACAAAUGCAGAGAGCAAUGCUUGGAAAAUUGUUCUUGCAUAGCAUAUGCAUAUGAAACUGGCGUUGGUUGUAUGUCUUGGAGUGAUAAAGUAAUUGAUGCGCAACAAUUCUCCAGUUUCGGAAUUGAUCUUUACAUUCGUGUGGCCUACUCAGAACUUGGUAACCUAUCAAAAAAAAAAAAAGUGGGAGAUGUGAAAAAAAUUGUCACAAUCAUAGUGAUCACAGGAACAAUUUUCCUUUCCAUCUGCACUUAUUUACUGUGGAGGCGGAUGGCAAAUCUAAAAGGAAGGAAAAAGAAAGUGAAGGAGAUCUUAUUGUUCAAUAGAGCAAAAGCACAACCAAAAUUUCAUAGUGACAACUUGGACCAAGUUAAAGUCCAAGAGCUACCGCUAUUCAAUUUUGAGACGUUGACAAGUGCAACAAACAACUUCCAUCUAUCUAACGAGCUUGGGAAGGGUGGAUUUGGUCCCGUAUACAGGGGAAAAUUGCCAGAUGGACAAGAGAUUGCAGUAAAAAGACUAUCUAAAGCGUCUAGACAAGGGUCAAAAGAAUUUAUGAAUGAGGUGGUGGUAAUUUCAAAACUUCAACAUCGGAAUCUUGUUAGGCUUCUUGGUUGUUGUGUUGAAGGAGAAGAAAAGAUGUUGAUCUAUGAAUAUAUGCCAAACAAAUGUCUAGAUGCAUUCCUCUUUGAUCCUCACAAGGAAAAACUGCUAGAUUGGAGAAAACGUUUCAACAUUAUUGAAGGAAUUGGUCGAGGUCUACUUUACCUUCAUAGGGAUUCUAGAUUAAGGAUUAUUCAUAGAGAUUUAAAGGCAAGUAACAUCUUGUUGGAUAAAGAGCUAAAUCCAAAAAUAUCAGAUUUUGGAAUGGCUAGGAUUUUUGGAAAUGAUGAAGACCAGGCUAAUACUAAUAGGGUCGUUGGAACAUAUGGCUAUAUGUCUCCUGAAUAUGCAAUGGAAGGGCGAUUUUCAGAAAAAUCGGAUGUCUUCAGCUUUGGAGUGUUGUUACUUGAGAUAAUAAGUGGAAGAAAAAACUCUAGCUUUUAUCAUGAUGAGCAAUCCAUGAGCCUUUUAGGAUUUGCAUGGAAAUUGUGGAAUGCAGACAACAUUAUAGCCUUAAUAGACACAAUGGUAUAUGAACCCUGCUUUGAAAUGGAGAUUUUGAGAUGCAUACAUGUUGGCCUGUUGUGUGUGCAAGAAUUUGCCAAAGAUAGGCCAACUGUAUCUGUUGUUAUUUCUAUGCUUAAAAGUGAGAUUCUUGAUCUUCCUCGUCCAAAGCAGCCGGCAUUUACUGAAAGGCAAAUUCCCUUAGAUAAGAAAUUAUCUCACAGCGGCCAAAGAAAAUUUUCUGUUAACGAUGUUACUGUUUCAAAGGUUCAAGGUCGAUAGCUACCAUGUGUUCUUGACAUAAUUCUUUAUAUAUUUAUGCUGGAAUCUUUACAAUGUUUAGAUUAAAAAAAAAAUUGAAUUAUCAUCAGGUAAUUUUAAUUUUAAUUUUUUGCCAUCA